UGAUGACAAUUGAUCAAAAUGCGGUUUAUACUACUGCAGAUAAUGUGUACAAUUAUUUAUUAAUUUAUUAAAGAAUAAAAAUUUUCAAAAAUAUAAACAAUUGUGCUUAUGUGAUUUAUUGGAUUUUUUUUAUUUUUAAAGAUUAUUACGUUUGAGUAAUUUUUAUAAGCUUCUUGUAGCUUAUAGAAUGUAAUAUAGAAUUAUAAUAUUGGAAAAUUGUGAAUAUAAAUUGGAAUUAUCAAUUAAUUUUGGUAAAAAUGUCUUCUCAUAUUGAAGCUUCAGAACAAGUCGAAGAAAAUGAACCCGAAACUAUUGAAAAAUGUGUAAAAAAUCCUGAGGCUGAUGAAAGUUGCUCGAAAAGCGACGACUCACAAAUAACAUCGACAAAAGACGCUCCAAAAGACGACAAGGAUGACUUAAACAAGAGUCCUAACUGUAGGAAAAGGAAACAUUCAGAUGACUCGGAAGGCAGUAAUAAAGUAGUAAAAUUGAAUGAAGGACAAAUUGGACAUAACGUCAAUGUACCAUCAGAUUUAUCAAUAGGAAGUUCUAGAGAGGAAAGAACUACAACGGAAGAUGAAAAGUCUUCCGAGCAUUCAAAUGUCGUUGCAGAGCAUUAUAAUUCCCUUGAGGAAAAAGGUUUAUCACAGAGAAAUCAAAGUCGAAUCGUUUAUAUGCGAAAUUUUAAUAAUUGGAUAAAAAGUAUGAUUAUAAAUGAGUUCAUGCAAAAGAUAAUACAAGACAAACGUGUUGGCGAUCCUAUAAAAGUAUUAGACAUGUGUUGCGGGAAAGGGGGAGAUCUUUUAAAAUGGAAGAAAGCCAAUAUUACACAUUUGAUAGCCGCUGACAUAGCCUCUAUUUCAGUAGAACAAUGUCAAAGCCGUUAUAAUGAUUUGACAUCAAAUAGAUCUAGGGAUUCAGGAUUUGCACCUGUUUUUAGGGCUGAAUUUAUCACUGCCGAUUGUACAAAGGUCCGUUUAAGAGAGAAAUUCAAGGACCCCAGCAUGGAAUUGGAUCUAACAAGCGUUCAAUUCGCUUUACAUUAUAGUUUUGAAUCUCUACCGCAGGCAGAGUGCAUGAUAAAAAAUGCCAGCGAGAGUCUACGACCAGGCGGUUUUUUUAUUGGAACAAUUCCCGAUGCCUAUGAAUUAGUAUCACGAUGGCAAAAGAGUGAGGGAAAUAAAUUUGGAAAUGAAGUUUUUAGUGUAGAAUUCCAAUCAGACGAGAAAGAGAAACCGCCUCUCUUUGGUGCCAGAUACAAUUUUCAUUUAGAGGGUGUAGUAAAUUGUCCUGAAUUUCUCGUACACUUACCGACACUUAUUAAAUUAGGGGAAAAAUUUGGCUUGGAACUUGUACUUUAUGAAAGAUUCGAAGAAUUCUUCGAAAGAAUGAAAAAUGAGGGUAAAUCGUUACUAGGAAAAAUGCAGGCUUUAGAAACUUAUCCACCUUAUCAUGAAGCACCGCUUCUUGGUCAACAGACUGUUGAUUAUCAGCACGCAAAUAAUUAUAUGCAAGAUUCGGUGGGACACCGAAAAAUUGGAACACUCUCGCAGUCAGAAUGGGAUGCGAUAUCCCUAUACGCAGUAUUUGCGUUUAAGAAGAAAAGAACAACAUGGACUGCGGAUGCAAAACCAGAAUAUACGUAAAUUGAAUUUAUUUCAAACACCGUAUUACACGAAAAUUGUAUAAAAAAUUAUGAAAUUGAAUCAAUUUGUUUUAAAAAAAUUGUGCAUUGAUAAAUAAUAUGAAUUGUGUGAUGUAAAUCGCGUCUUGUUUUUAACUAUUUUGUUAUUGUAGAUGCAUACGUCAAUUAAUUGUAGAAUAAUUUGUUUUUUGACAGCGAAUUUUUCUUGGUGAAUUGUAUACAAAUUUUUAAACAAUGAAUUUUUAAUUUAUAAA